GAUAUAGAUAAGAAGUCUGGACAAUGGAGGAUAUACAAACCACUGUAAUUGAACUUGUGAAAAGUGAUUUUCUUGCAGCAGAUCUGCGAUGGAGCUUAUUCAUUGGAGCGUUGGAUAGCUACAGACAUGACAGUGUACUGAGACCAUAUCCGCCUGGCCCUCAUCUACUGACAGCAGACGGGGAGAAGGACUUUUCUGCAUUGGAAUCUGUAGCAGGGAGGAUUCCUAACAUGAAGAUGAUAUCAGAGGGUAAAGGAUCUAGUGGAAUGCAGCAGCAUGAAUGGGAUCUUCUAAAGUGGGUCCUAGAACCAAACAUCUUUACUGUCAAAUCAGUCAAUGAAGACAAGAAGUACCAUGCUAUUCAGGAGCUAACUGGAGCAGCUAGCUAUGAAGUGAAACCAAGCUUCAUUUUUGAAGUGGAGUACCAUUCUGCUGCAGGUGAGAGGUUCAAGACCCUGAGUGAACAAUAUGAUGUGUUGUAUGCCUACCAUGGCAGUAGAUGGGACAACUUUCAUUCCAUCACCAACAAUGGCCUUCAUGCACACAUGAGCAAGAACACUCUGUAUGGUGAGGGCACAUAUUUAUCAAGUGACCUGGCAGUAUCGUUACCAUACAGCCCUGCAGGCAGAGGCUGGACCCGGAGUCUAAUAGGUAGCACACUGAGCUGUGUUGCUGUCUGUGCAAUGCUGGAUCAUCCUGAUGUCAAAUGUCAGGUCAAAGAUGCACAGAGCCAUCCAUCUCCUUCCAGAUCUCAUGCCCCAGACAGUAUGGGAGGCGCUGUACCUGAAAGAUAUUAUGUUGUGACUAACAGUGAAGCAGUUCAGAUCAAGUAUUUACUCAUCUUUGUUGACAAGAAGAUAUCACAAAGGGCAUCUUCAAGGGUUUCACAUCGUCAGAGAUGGAUACGAGAAAACCUCUUCUCUCUUCUCCUGGUGGGAUACAUCAUAGUGCUUAUCUUUGUCAGUUUCUUUAACUCCAGAUCAUUUCAAAGUAUGUGGCGACGAUAUGUCAAUUCUUGAUCGAGAACCGCAUGCAUAGAUUCAGACAGAUGGAAAGGCCUGUUUGCACAUAGACCUUUGGAGUCACUCAUGAAAAAGAGCCUUAUUCUGACUACGGCCAUCGUUGAGAGGCCUUUUGUCGACAUUGAUAUGGACAGAAGAUAAUUGGAGUGAUGUUGACAGGGUUCUUCCUAUGUUGACAGAAGAUUUUCGUGACAGCAGGUCUUGAAGAUGUUCAGAGAACAAUUACAUAGAAUGUGGGAGAGUAUUUUUAUGACACCAAUGACACUUCACUCCAUUAUCUUGUUUCAUUUUAUAUUGUAAUCAUUAAUUUUGUUUGAAAUGGUUCAAAGAAUGGCUCAGAUUGUACCAAAGAGCAUCUUAGAAUGCAAGAGACUCUGCGUGUUGUACACAUCAGUUCAAACUCCCUCCGAAAGUCACAAAUUUACAUGUUUUAAUUUUUAUUUUUGGACCAUCUUAGUUGUACUACAUAUCAACAUGCCUACAGAAAAAAGUUGUUACAUAAGAUGGCCCUAAUCAUGACCACAGUUGGACUGUCUUGUAAUCAAUAUGUCGUCAUGAUAGACAGAUGAAAUAGAA